AUGGCAGCCGCGGCCUCCGACUCCCCCGGCCCCUGCGGGCGCUUCCUGCGCAGGCCGACGCCGACCAGGCCCGUCGGGCACCAGCCGAGGCGAGCCGCGACAGGCACCGAGCCCCACGCAGCCCCUCCGCCGGGGCCGCUCGUGGAUGUGGGACAGGAUGGAGGCCAAGACGGUGGUCUACGAUCUGGACACCUCCGGGGGCCUGAUGGAGCCGAGAAGCGGAGCCGGCGGCGGGACGGGGGCGAGCCGCACCAGUCGGGCCCUCACGCGCAGCAGCAGCACCACCCGCACCACCCCCACCACCAGCAGCAGCACCGGCGGAGCGGCCGCGCCACCAACCACGACAGCUGCGACAGCUGCAAGGAAGGCGGCGACCUGCUCUGCUGCGACCACUGCCCCGCCGCCUUCCACCUCCAGUGCUGUAACCCUCCAUUAAGUGAGGAGAUGCUGCCUCCAGGGGAGUGGAUGUGUCAUCGCUGUACAGUGCGUAGAAAGAAGCGAGAGCAGAAGAAGGAGCUGGGUCAUGUGAAUGGUUUGGUGGACAAGUCUGGGAAGAGGACCACAUCCCCCACCAGCGACGCGGACUUCCUGGACCGGUCGAGCAGCGGCAGCCUCCGGGCCCUCUCUCACACUCGGCUCUUGGAGCGCCGGGCGAGCCGGCCUGGCACACCCACGUCCAAUGCCAGCACUGAAACGCCCAACUCGGAGCAGAACGACGUGGAUGAGGACAUCAUUGACGUGGAUGAGUACUCUGCCCCCACGACAGAAACAGACUGCGGGCAGCCCCAUCUGAAGCGGCCCUUUGAGCUGCUGAUCGCCGCUGCCAUGGAACGGAACCCAACCCAGUUCCAGCUGCCCAAUGAACUGACCUGCACCACAGCACUUCCAGGUACCAGUAAGAGGAGAAGGAAGGAGGAGACCAGUGGAAAGAAUGUCAAGAAAGCACAGCACGAACUGGACCACAAUGGGUUGGUUCCCCUGCCAGUGAAAGUCUGCUUCACGUGCAGCAGGAGCUGCCGAGUGGCCCCUCUCAUCCAGUGUGAUUACUGCCCACUCCUGUUUCAUAUGGAUUGCCUGGAGCCUCCGCUCACAGCCAUGCCCUUAGGCAGGUGGAUGUGUCCGAAUCACAUUGAGCAUGUUGUGCUGAACCAGAAGAACAUGACCCUGAGCAACCGGUGCCGGGUGUUUGACCGCUUCCAAGACACCAUCUCCCAGCAUGCGGUCAAGGUGGAUUUCCUGAAUCGGAUCCACAAGAAGCAUCCACCCAAUCGGCGGGUGGUGCAGUCAGUGAAGAGAAGGGCCUUGAAGGUUCCUGAUGCUAUAAAAUCCCAGUAUCGGGUUCCACCUCCAUUGCUACCACCCGCGGCCAUCAGGGACGGGGAGCUCAUCUGUAACGGGGUUCCCGAGGAGUCUACGCACAAGCACCUUUGGAAUUCGGAGCACUUAGCCACCCAGGCAGAGCAGCAAGAGUGGCUGUGCAGCGUCAUUGCCCUGCAGUGCAGCAUCUUGAAACACUUGUCUGCUAAGCAGAUGCCUUCCCUUUGGGACUCUGAACAGGCAGAAACCGCCGACGUGAAACCAGCAAUCGUGACCGACGGCUCCCUCGCCGGUCCGUACCAGGCAGCUGACAAGGCAAAUGUCCCUUCCAUCUACCCAGCAUCCUGUGGCCCUGGGCUAGCCACUCAGAACUCCCUGGGCACUCUGCAGGAGGAUGCCCACUACCCCUCGUGUCCGGACCGGCCCAAGAAGGCAUCGCCUUGCGGAACAUCCAAUGGCCCCAGCUCUGCCUCAGAGGUGAAAGUCAAUGGCCCGCAUUUCUACAGUGACUCCACAGCACACUUGACUGACUCUCCGAGGCUAAGCGGGCAAGGCAGCGUGAUCUCUCCUGGCCUGUCUCAUCGGCAGCCGUGGCCCAGGCCCUCCACGCCUCCUGCGGCUGGCGGGCUCCUCAAUCACAUAGCAGGAGGUGUUGUAAAGACUGAGAAUGCGGUGGGGCCUGUGUCUUGUGUGCAUAGGAGUUCCGUGCCAGUUGCCGGCAUGCCAGCUUCCAUCCUGAGCUCUUGCACCAGCCUGGAAGCAGCCAGCACUUUGCAGAGGAAGAACGCACAGACACAGAUUGGGCCUUUGCUGGCCACAGACUUGGGGGCCAUGGAUUCUCCCCUGACGGCCACCCGGGCACUCACUCCUCCCCAGGCGACCGUGGGUGACGGGAUCUCGGCUGUCGGAGCUGCUCACGGAUUUUGCUCCCCAGCACCACCUCCAGAUGGCAAGAUCAGCCCAAGCGUUUUAUCGGUAUCCUCAGUGCUGCCUCCCAGUUCUGCAACCCCACUGGAUCUCACCUGUUCCCUGAAAGCAUUAAUGGAUGGAAGUGGAGAGAUUGAGAUUAGCAUGCUGGAUGAGAAGCUGAUCAAGUUCCUGGCCUUGCAGAGAAUCCAUCAGCUCUUUGCUUCCAAAGUUCAGCCCCUCACGGGCAGUGUUGGUGCCGCUGCCCAGCCCAGCCCUGUGGGCGGUCAGGCUGAAGGGCAGAGGAAGGAGGUGCAGGCCCGGGCUGUCUUCUACCCUCUGCUGGGCAUGGGCAGCGCUGUGAACAUGUGCUACAGAACCCUCUACAUUGGGACAGGAGCGGACAUGGACGUGUGCCUUACGAACUAUGGUCAUUGCAACUACGUGUCUGGCAAGCACGCCUGCAUUUUCUACGAUGAGAACACCAAGCAUUAUGAGCUGCUCAACUACAGUGAGCACGGCACGACGGUCGACAACGUCCUGUACUCGUGUGACUUCUCCGAGAAGACGGCCCUCACCCCUCCCAGCAGUAUGGUUGCCAAAGUGCAGAGUGUGAUCAAGCGCCACAAGAACCGGAAACAGGAGGAGGAGCAACAGCAGCAGCAACAGCAGCAGCCAAGCGAAGAGGCGGCCGUGAUGAGGUCCCAGGCGCAAGGCCCGCUCCGGAAGCCCUGCAGCUGCAAAGCCAGCAGCUCCAGCUUGAUCGGGGGCAGCGGGGCUGGCUGGGAGGGGACGGCCCUCCUGCACCACGGCAGCUACAUCAAGCUGGGCUGCCUGCAGUUCGUCUUCAGCAUCACGGAGUUUGCGACCAAACAGCCCAAAGGGGAUGCCGCCUUAGCACAAGACACAGACUUGGCCGAGAAGCUGUCCCUCAAGCCCCACCAGGUCCCCGUGCUGCGCUCCAAUUCGGUGCCCUAGGGGUGGGGAGGGGAGAGGCCCCUCCCUCCGGACCCAGGCAAAACCCGUUGACUCGCAAACCAUGUCUUCUGGAUAUCUUUCCCCCCCCCCCUUUUGCCUACGUGGGCCACAAGACUUGUUGCCGCCCUUUGCAUGAAGUGAAGAACUUUUACUUUUUUUUAAAAAAAUUGUUUGCUCAAGUUUUAGGGGCAUUUGCACAUAUAUUUGUACUAUACAUUUCAUUUAAAAACAAAAAGGAAACUGCAGCGCAUUGGGGGGGCGCCCCACGCUGGGCGGUGCCGGCGAGAGCAGCUGGCUCGUGGAUGUUGCCUGGCCAGAGCGCUCCCGUGCCGUUGUAAAAAUAAUCAAAAACUUGUUCUAUUUUGUGCCAGUGACAAUAGUUUUAUAUUAAAGAAAAAAGAGAGAAAUACAGUUUUCAUACAGCAAAAUCUCUAUACAAUUAUCACUGUUUUAUUUAAUGUAAAGACGUGCUAUUCUCCUGCCAGUAUCUCCCCCUCCCCCCUGCCUCUGGUGUCCCCCUCCCCUCCCUGCUACAGUUGCACUCGGUGGAUUGUGGGCAGCGAGAACAGAGGUCUUAUGUUUCUGACGUCCAUCCUCUCUUUCAUUCGGGAUAAUAAGGAGAAGUAUUUGGGGUUCUGUGUAAAUACAUCCAGUGACGGCAUUGUUCCGUGUUUUUUAAGCUGUGUACAGUGCUACAUGUUGGUAUGACGUUGCCUCCGGUUGUCUAUUGUAGCAAAGCGUUUCUUUGUCGUAAGCCUGUUUUUGUCCUUUUGUUCCAACGCCUUCCCUCCCCC